UUACAGAAGUAGGCUAUAUCAACGCGUUAGUUUUACAACAGAGUUUGGACCGUCGUCAAGAUGAGUGGUUUAGAUGCACAGAAAUAUUUACCGGUGUUAUUAUUAUGUGCCAUUUCUACCACUGGGGAGCGACCGCGAAUGAUAUUCUCAGAGAGAGAUACCUCUAUAGAGACCCGGCGGUUGCCCGGUGGACCUGUGAAAAUCCUAAUUGAAAAAGAAGAUGCGGUGACAGCUAUUGGAACAACACAAAUACGUCUAAUGAACUUUACGAGUUUACAAAAGAUGCAUGUGGACUUGUCAGUGGAAUGGGGUGAAUGUUCAAGAGAUGCUGCGCAGACCAAAGUUUGCAUUUACAACUUAACUAUCAUCCAUGAAAGGCAAGGAGCCAACCAAAUAUUUGCCUGUGGGAUUAAUGGGAAAGAUGUUGCUUGCUGUAAUAUGAUUAUUUCAGAACAUUCAGUCAAAUGCACUCCUUCUGAUACAGUGAACAAAAUAAUGGAACGUAUGAAAGAUUCUGUUAUAAAGGAAGGUGAAGCCUCUGCUUUUGUUGAAAGUCCAGAUGGUGCUCAUCUCUACAUCACAUACUAUGGAUCUCAAGACUUUAUUGGCAUUCACAGGUUUGGAAAACACAUUGUCAGGCCAGCAAACCAUGAUGAAGAGCAGCACUAUAUUAAAUUAAUAGUAAGUAAACAGGAGCGCAAAAAUAAUGUUCUUCAAGAUAAGAUCUAUGGAUUUUACAAUGAGAAGAACAAGGAUGCUGACAUUUACAGUGACAUGUGGAUGCCGUUUGUAACACAGAUUUGCAUGAUAGAUAAUGGUGGCCCUAAGAGCAGCCUGCAGUUUACCUGGACAUCCCAGUUGAAUGCUCGUCUUUUCUGUGGUGAAAAGGACCAAAAACACCAUUUCACAGAGCUGGUGGAUAUUGUCACAGUAGAAGCUGACCACUGGCAGGACACAAGAGUCUAUGGACUUUUCAAAAAUGAAUGGGGAAUGAGUGCAGUGUGUGUCUACACGAUACAAGAUAUUGACCGCAUCUUUAAAACCUCUCCAUUCAAAAACUCAAAUAUGCAACCGGAUAGACCUAGAAUGUGUGUACCAGACAGCACCAAACUCAGCAUCAACAUCCUGAAGCAAGUAGAGGCAAAUUCUGAAAUGGAAAAGCCAGUGGAGCCAGUGAACAGUUCUGGGCCACUUCUGAUAAGUCACCACAACUAUACUCGAAUCACUGCUCACAACCUCCUGGACAACCACACAAUCCUGUUUAUUGCAUUGCAUAAUGGCAUGGUUCAUAAAGUCAUGCACAAGCAGACUGGUACAGAUGCUAUUUCCUUUAUGAUAGCUGAAUAUAGACCAUUCAACCACAGAGCUCACAUUGUUAGCUUGGACCUAAAUGCUUCCACAAGAAGGCUGUAUGUUGCCUCUAGGACUGAAUUGGCCCAGGUGGAUGUGGCAAACUGUCAAGGCUAUGGAGACUCUUGUGAGGAGUGCAUCAUGGCCAGAGAUCCUUACUGUGGCUGGAGCGAAGGCCAGUGUACGAAAGAUGGGUCACUGCAAGACACUGAACACGGGGACCAUGCCAUGUGCCCCUCAUUGGCUCAAGCAAAUCAAGUGAAAGCAGUAUCUGCAGCAGAUGAGUCAAAAGAUGAUGUGGGCCAGAUUCUCAUUUCUCUUGGUUCUCGGUACUUUUUUGAGUGUCCGGUAUCAUCCCUUCAUGCCAACUACACCUGGUACCAUAACGACAGACCAACAACAGUAUCCUGCAGUAGGGAUGAGCACCAGUGCUUACUGCUCAUCCCCAGUGUGGGGCCAGAGCACUUAGGCUCAUACACCUGUGUGUCGGAGGAGCAGGGAUACAGGCGUAAGCUGGCUCAGCACCAGCUCACAGUGAAAGACUCUUCUAAAGGCUUUACUCCUGGAUCACUACUCUGGGUAACUCUCAUAGUGACACUUUUAGUCCAGAGCUGAACAUUUUAUUAACAGACAUUGAGAAUACUGCUGUAGAAAAAUAUGACCAUUUACCCAUUUCUGUUCUUGCAUUUUUUACAGUAGCCUAUUUUAAGUUGUAUUUGAAAGAUAUAUCUCAGGAUAGAUUUAUGUGUCAUAAGAUUCAAACAGGAUUCCUUCUGUAAAUUAAAUCUUUAAUUUCAUUACAUAUUUGAGCCUGGGACUGUCCUAUGGUUCAACACAACUUACAUGUUUCCCGUUUGUAACUGCAUACUACCUCAUGAUGGCUUGAUAGCUUGUGGUUUCUCGUGUUAAACUGCUGAACCAUAGUAGCCUUGUUCUUUUAGACAGACAAGUAACAUCAUUUAAUAUUAGUACGUUUGUUUUAGUUUUGACUUUUAAAGUGUCUAUCCAAAUCCAAUACAUUAGAUAUACUGUGAACAUGAAUCAUGAGUUACUAAUGUCACAUUGCCUGUCUUGUGAAAAUGAACCAGUGAAUAAAGUCUUGUUUUAUUUCUCUA